CGGCGCAAGCGCGCUGAGGAGGGAGGGCUAUGCUAAUGUUGUUGAUAUCCUGGGGCCACCCGAGUUAAAGGGGGGAAAUCCGGGGGCUGCCACUGCCGCCACUGGCCCGGGCCCAGCCGGGGGUCCCCCCCUGUAGUCGCCGCAGUCCCGGGGAGAGGCGUCCGCCCCCUGCUCGGGAGGGAGGGGGCGCCGCGGGCUCGGGGAGCACGGACGGCCCCUACCCAUGAGGCCCUGAUGGAAAACACAAAGGAUCUGAGUCGGAAGAGACACUAGAAGUCACCCAAAGCAGCCGCCCCUGUCCAGCUUCUGACAAGUGGGUUUCUGUAAACUUCCACCUGAAGAUGUGAUGAUCACUGCACUUAAAAAACAGAACAUUCUUCACAAUCCAAAAGAAAAAGAAGACUGGUUCGGGAUGUUUGACGGCUAUGACAGCUGCAGUGAGGACACAAGUAGCAGCUCCAGCUCCGAGGAGAGUGAAGAAGAAGUUGCUCCUUUACCUUCCAGUCUCCCAAUUAUCAAAAACAAUGGACAAGUCUACACAUACCCAGAUGGUAAAUCUGGCAUGGCUACCUGUGAGAUGUGUGGGAUGGUCGGUGUACGAGACGCUUUUUACUCUAAAACAAAACGUUUCUGCAGUGUUUCUUGUUCAAGAAGUUACUCGUCGAACUCUAAGAAGGCAAGCAUUCUGGCCAGACUUCAGGUAACGGGUAAGCCUCCAACAAAGAAAGCAAAAGUUCUUCAGAAACAACCUUUAGUUGCUAAAUUAGCUGCCUAUGCUCAGUAUCAAGCUACCUUGCAAAAUCAAGCAAAGACAAAAGCAGGUAAUUCUGCAGUCUCUGUGGAAGGCUUCAGCUGGGGUAACUACAUCAACAGCAAUAGCUUCAUAGCAGCUCCAGUUGCCUGUUUUAAGCAUGCACCUAUGGGAACCUGCUGGGGUGAUAUCUCAGAAAAUGUAAGAAUAGAAGUUCCCAAUACAGACUGCAGUCUACCUACCAAAGUCUUCUGGAUUGCUGGAAUUAUAAAAUUAGCAGGUUACAAUGCCCUUUUGAGAUAUGAAGGAUUUGAAAAUGAUUCUUCUCUAGACUUCUGGUGCAAUAUAUGUGGGUCUGAUAUUCAUCCAGUUGGUUGGUGUGCAGCCAGUGGAAAACCUCUCGUUCCUCCCAGAACUGUUCAACACAAAUAUACAAACUGGAAAGCUUUUCUAGUAAAAAGACUUACCGGUGCCAAAACUCUUCCUCCUGAUUUCUCACAAAAGGUUUCAGAGAGUAUGCAGUAUCCUUUCAAACCUUGCAUGAGAGUAGAAGUAGUUGACAAGAGGCAUUUAUGUCGAACAAGAGUUGCAGUGGUGGAAAGUGUAAUUGGAGGAAGAUUAAGGUUAGUUUAUGAAGAGAGUGAAGAUAGAACGGAUGACUUCUGGUGCCACAUGCACAGCCCGUUAAUCCACCAUAUCGGAUGGUCCCGAAGCAUAGGCCAUCGAUUCAAAAGAUCUGAUAUUACAAAGAAACAGGAUGGACAUUUUGAUACACCACCACAUUUAUUUGCUAAGGUAAAAGAAGUAGAUCAGAGUGGAGAAUGGUUCAAAGAAGGAAUGAAAUUGGAGGCUAUAGACCCAUUAAAUCUUUCUACAAUAUGUGUUGCAACCAUUAGAAAGGUGCUGGCUGAUGGGUUCCUGAUGAUUGGGAUCGAUGGCUCAGAAGCAGCAGAUGGAUCUGACUGGUUCUGUUAUCAUGCAACCUCUCCUUCUAUUUUCCCUGUGGGUUUCUGUGAAAUUAACAUGAUAGAACUGACUCCACCCAGAGGUUACACAAAACUUCCUUUUAAAUGGUUUGACUACCUCAGGGAAACCGGCUCCAUUGCAGCACCAGUAAAACUAUUUAAUAAGGAUGUUCCAAAUCACGGAUUUCGUGUAGGAAUGAAAUUAGAAGCUGUAGAUCUCAUGGAGCCACGUUUAAUAUGUGUAGCCACAGUUACUCGAAUUAUUCAUCGUCUCUUGAGGAUACAUUUUGAUGGAUGGGAAGAAGAGUAUGAUCAGUGGGUAGACUGUGAGUCCCCUGACCUCUAUCCUGUAGGGUGGUGUCAAUUAACUGGAUAUCAACUACAGCCUCCAGCAUCACAGUCAUCAAGAGAAAGCCAGUCAGCUUCUUCAAAACAGAAGAAAAAGGCUAAAUCCCAGCAAUACAAAGGACAUAAGAAAAAGAGGAAGAUGCCAGUUGGGAAGAAGCCUGUCAGUUUGUCGAGCCUGCCCAUGACAGGCGGGGUGCGGAGGAGCUUCUCUGGGGACGAAGAGUUGACUCCUCCUCCAUAUCGAACCCUGCCAGCACAGACAGCCCUGGAGGCCUUCCCACCUCCCAGCACUAGCCGAGAGUUCAGGCCCAGCCUCAAAACAGUGACCACAUCGCAGCUGAAGGAGGAGCUGCUAGAUGGAGAGGAUUAUAGCUUCCUCCAAGGAGCAUCUGACCAAGAAAGCAAUGGCUCUGCCACCUUCUACAUCAAACAAGAGCCAUGAGGUGGCUCAGAAACUAGGGGUGGGAGGGACUGUUUUACAGGACAGAUUUGUAGUCAUCCAGCUGUACAAUGGGCUAUUCUACUGGGACAUUUUGCUAAACACAGAAAAGUUCAGUUCCAGAUUUUUCAGGUGGGGGGAAACUAUUUUGGUGGGGGGGGAAUUUUUCAAUUUAUAAAGAUGGACGAUUUUUGUGUUGUAUUUGAAGCUUUUGAAAGAAUUUUGUAAUAUUUUCCAAGUUUGGAUUUAUGUGCAUUGUUAACAAGAACUGAAAUUCUAACUUUUUUGGUAAGAUUAAAGUUUAGGUAGCAGGAUUGAAGGAAAUGAUUAAGAAGGACAUAGCUGUAAAUGCAAAUGAACUGUCAUUACAAAUGAACCUUCUUGGUACCUGUUGGGAGAUUUUUGGAUUUUAGAGUUAGGCCAGUCACAUCUCCAGCUUCCUUUGCUGCAGAAAUAUGCAACUGAACCCCUCACAGAGGGCUCAUCACCAUGUAGAUCACGGAAGGGGUCAUUAAUUGUGCUCGCUGACAUUUUAUUGCAGCCCAUUUAAAUGUUUGUACAGAAAUUUUUUCAUUCUGCUAAAAUUUAUUUGGAGUUGUAUAUGAAACUAGGAGAACUCUGGAUACUUUUAUAUGCUCUCCUUCACAUAAAAAUGGUAACUUUUCUAACACUAAUGUGUUAAACUGGAAUGGUUGACAAGAUAUACAGGAUCUCAGUCUACAUAAGGGUUGGGGGAAAUGAAUAUUUUCCUAAGUUUAUUCUAUUUUCCUUGCUAGAGAGCAUUCUUUAUCCCAUAAAAGGAUGUUCUUAUCAAACCUCUGCCUGCCAUUUCCCUCCAUCUGAGAGAGAGCAACUUAAUGUAAUGUAACCACACCUGAAAACAGAUGUUCUAUAUUACCAAGGGAAUCAGAUGGAAAAUUGUUAACCAGAAUAACUUUAGAUUUCAGAAUCAUUCCAGCUCCACUUUUAACUUCCCUGGAUUUGUUAGAAACUGAUUUGAAAGAAAGCUGAAUUUUCUUAAAAUUCCAUAUAUAUACACACACACACAUUAUGAGUCGCCUUUAACUGUAGUCAAUUUAUUUUAACAAUAACUGAUUUGGACCAUUUUAAACAUUCCCUAUUUUAAAACUCAUAUGGCUUCCUUUAAAAAAUAGGAUGAAAGGGUAAAUUGGUGAAAAGUUUGCUCUCUGCAUUUUCUACCCUUCUACCGAGUUGUGACUGAAUGAGAGCUCUAGAAUUUACCAGUGAGGUUCAUAAACUAAACUCUCAGGAAUUCAUUGCAUCUGUUCUAGAAGUGCUUCUGGGUCUGAGCCUGGCCUCUUCAGAGUGGUAAUACUGCCCAUCUCCUCUGGAAAAAUAGGCAGGGCUAAUGAGAAAUUAAUCAAAAUGAUUAACCUCUGCAGCCCUUCAGCCUAUGGAAUGCUUUAAAAAACGCUAAUGGAAAGCCCCAGGAGACAUUUUAGGUAAGAUUUUUGUUUGACUUUUAAAUGCAUAGAACAUUAAAAACCAGCAAUUUAUUUUCUAAAAUAUUGCUCUACUUUUGGGAAUAAUAGCAUUGGUAAUACGCACAGGUUUACCUCAUUCUAUGCAAGAGGGGUUAAUAACAUAAGGUUUUGUAGUAGCUACUGGAAGUAAAAUGUGUUACUUUAUAGUGUAAAAAUGUAUGGAAUCGCAUGUCACCAUUUCUUAAUACUGACUCUGGGGGCUAAAUGUAGAUCACAUCAAUGCAAGUUGAAUCUUGUGUCAAAUAUAUGUGAAUUCAGCUGUAAAAUUACUGGAUAUUUAUCUUAAACAACAUUGCUGAGAGGGACCUACUGUAAAUGUGACAUCCUCAAACUUCCCAAAUCUUUGACUUUGAAGGAUCUUCCCAGGAGCUUCAAGCCUAGAAGAGGUCCAAAGCAAAGGUUAUAGCAGUCUUUAUUCUCAGGCUCAGCGGAUUAAACCCAGGACUGUGCUUCCAUGGUACCAGCACAAGAAGCCUGUUGUGUGGAGUGCUUUCUUCAUACCUUAGGUGUAGGAGCUCUCCAGGGAAUGAACUGUAAGCCAGGAAGGAUGUGAUUUCAUGCCAGCCAGUCCUGGUAAUUAGUUCUGUGAAAUGCUCAUUUGUAGCCAGGUUUUACAAGCUUCCAAUUAUACACCAAAACCAGGCUUGGCAUGUUUAAAAUUCCCCGCCUACAUUUAUAACGUGUUUAUGUUCACCAACAGUGAAGGGUUGGUAAGGACUUGUUAAAGAGUCUGAACACAACCUGAAGCCCUCUUCUUUGUUACGACCCUCACUCCUGCUGCUAACACAGAAAGUUAACCAGAGGAGGCUUCCAUCGUAGCCAUAAUUACUGUCGUCAAAUAACUCAGUAGCCCCUUUCUCUUUUACAGUUUAAAAUGUACUGCUGACCUUGGGUUUGUUUCUGUUUUCCUGUUAGGAGCCUGGGAACUUUUUAGUAGUUAAACUUUCUAUCUAACCUUUUCCUUGCUGUGUAUGAGGAAAGCUAAAGCUGUUAUCAACUUCUUAUUCUGCGGAUACUAACACGGGUUUUCAGUGUUUGUUUGUUUUUAUUAUUGUUAAUUUUGUGUGAUGUGAAUACCCUCACCCAUCAAUAUUUGUAUUAUGGUGCUAUAUAUUUGGUAAUGAUCCUUUAAUAUUGGGGAGGGAUUUUAAAAAUACUGUGAUUAAACUGGGUAUCUUCCUUUGAUUUUCAUAUUUUAAAUAAAGCCACAGUCAUUUAUACAAAAAAAAAAACAAAUAAAUAAAUAAAUAAAGAUGCAUCUGUCCCUGGACAAACCUUUCAAGGACAGAGGCCAAAGUAAAGUACAUAAGGUUUUUACAUCAUUUCUGUGUUUGAUAUAUAGAUCAAUAUCUGGACAAAUUCAACCUUUUAUUUUCUGGUAACUUGUGAUCAUUGAGGAAGCGUUUGAAGCUUUCUCUUGAAGUGUAUAUAAUGUCGUGAAAAAUCCCUUCAGAGAAAUUUAUGUUCCUUUCAUUUUUACCAAAAUGCAAAUUUUCAGCAUGGAUGUGAAAAGCAUUAAAAUUAUAACUUUGUGUACAAGAUGAAAAUAAUUCACUAAAUUUGCCCUUUUUUACACAAAAUAAAAUGUUAAAGUUAA